AUGGCUGAAGCACAGGAUCGUCUGGUUUGCCCGACGAAAGAGGGAGACAUCAAAACUGAGGUUCAGCAGAGUAGUGAAGACCUGCCGAGAGAAAUAGAAGCUGAGAGGAUGAAGAUUGUCCAGGAGUGGAAGGAGAUGCACCAGAUUCUUGAUGAGCAGCAGCAGCUCCUGCUGAGGUGGCUACAGAACAUGGAGGGUGACGUUCUCCGCGGAAAGAACGAGGUUCUCCGAAUCACCAGGGAGACUUCCCUCCUCGGUGAACUGGAAAAGGAGAAGAAGGCACAGCAGCCAUUACUGGUUUUACACAGCACUGGCUGCAGAGACAAUACGUUCUUCCCAAAACCACAGCUGGAUUUGGGGAAGCUGGAGCAGAAGCUGAGCCAGUUCUCCCACAAAAGGGCUGCUUUGCUGCAAACGCUACUGGCAUUCAAAGGAAAUCUGCAUCAGGAGUUGAAGAGGAAUGGAGCAGGAGACGGCCAGGUGAGCAACAUGGAGGAUGAGAAACCUCUGAUGGAUUAUACUGAGCAAGAGGAACGGAAUGAUAGGACAACGGAAGGAGCAGCGGAGAAAAUGUCUCUGUGCCCUGAACCGAAGGCCACUUCUGAGAGUGAACAUGGCUCAAAAAGAGAGCAGAAGAAGUAUCUGGGCAAAGGGGAGGAGGACAAAUGUAUUCCCUGCAAAGGAAACAACUGUGACUUUGAUGGGAACAAAGUUCUGCCAAGGACUCAACAGAUCAAGAAGCAAAGGAUGUGUGCCGAGUGUGGGAAAUGCUUCAGUCAGAAGUCAAACCUUAUUACACAUCAGAGAAUCCACACUGGUGAGAAGCCGUACGAGUGUGCAGACUGCGGAAAGAGCUUCUGCCAGAGAUCGGGACUCAUUUCGCACCAGAGAACCCACACGGGCGAGAAGCCGCACAAAUGCUUGCACUGCGGGAAGAGCUUCCGGUUCCACUCCAACCUCAUCGUGCACGAGAGGACUCACACGGAGGAGAAGCCGUACAAGUGCUCGCGUUGCGGGAAGCGCUUCAACCAGCGGUCGAACCUCAUCAGUCACGAAGGGACCCACCGGCAGGAGAAGCCGUGCAAGUGUUCCGAGUGUGGGAAAAGCUUCCGCCGGAGCUCGGAGCUCACUGUCCACAUGAUGACCCACACGGGGGAAAAGCCACACAAAUGCCUCCAGUGCGGGAAAGGGUUCAGGAGGAGGACGGACCUCAUUGUGCAUGAGAGGACCCACACGGGAGAGAAGCCGUACAGCUGCCCUGAUUGCGGGAAAAGCUUCAGCCAGAGGUCGGGCUUAAUUGCGCACGAGCAGACGCACACAGCAGAGAAGCCGCAUGAGUGCGUAGUGUGCAACAAGGGCUUCAGCCAUACCACACACCUUGCCGUGCACAAGAAGCCAGACCUCACCACGCACCACCAGAACCACACAGGCGAGAAGCCAUACGAAUGCGCAGACUGCGGGAAGAGCUUCUGCCAGAGAUCGAAACUCGUCGUCCACCAGAGAACCCACAUGCGUGAGAAGACGUACAAAUGCUCUCACUGUGAGAAGAGCUUCGGCUUCCAGUCCUACCUCAUCGCACACGAGAGAAUCCAUACAGGGGAGAAGCCGUUCAAAUGCUCGUAUUGUGGUAAGGGCUUCAGCCAGCGGUCAGCCCUCAAAGGUCACGAAGGGACUCACCAGGUAGAGAGGCCGUACAAGUGCUCAGAGUGCGGGAAAAGCUUCUGCCGGAGCUCGGAGCUCCUCGUCCACCUGAUGACCCACACAGGGGAGAAGCCGUACAAGUGCCCUCAGUGCGGGAAGCGCUUCAGGAGGAAGCCGGAGCUCACCAUCCACGAGAGGAUCCACACGGGCGAGAAGCCGUACAAGUGCACAGACUGCGGGAAAAGCUUCAGCCAGAUGUCGGGCCUCCUCAGUCACGAACGCACCCACUGGGAAGAGAAGCCGUACAAGUGCCCCAAGUGCGGGAGGGGUUUCAAGAGGAAACCGGACCUCAUCGUACACGAGAGGACCCACACGGGGGAAAAACCAUACAAGUGCGCUGAGUGUGGGAAGGGGUUCAGGAGGAGGACAGAUCUUAUUGUGCACAAGAGGACCCACACAGGGGAGAAGCCGUACAAGUGCCCUCACUGCGAGAAAAGCUUCAGGCAGAAGUCAGGCCUGAACAUGCACAAGAGGACCCACACAGGGGGAAAGUCGUAGAAAUGUGUGGUUUGCGACAAGAGCUUCAGCCGUGCCUCACACCUUUCUGUGCAUGAGAUGACCCAUGUGGGAAAGCAGCCAUUUAAGUACCUGGACUGUGGGGAAAAGCUUUGACUGGAAGCUGGAUCUCACUGCACACUGCCAGAACCACACAGCAGAGAAGCCGUACGAAUGUGUGGACUGUGGAAAGUCAGCCAGAGGCCAAGCCUGUGUACACAUGAGAGGACCCACUUGGGCAAGAGGCUCUACCCAUGUGUCAAGUGCAAGGAGAGCUGCCGGAACAGCUCCAACCUGAAGUCACACCGUAGGGGCCACUCCAGAGUGAAGCCUUGCAGGUGCUUGGAGUGUGGGAAAAGCUUCAUGGGGAGUUUGGAUCUUAGCAGACAUCAGAGAUUCCACACAGGAGAGAACUCACGAGCAGCCCAAUUAUUUGGAAAACUGAUUUU